AUGCCGAAGCCAAACUAUCAGAAGGUCAACCGCAACUUUGUUAACCAGCGGGGAGCUUCUUCCGGAGCCAACAAGUACGUCUCUGCUGUUUUUGCACUGGUUCAUCUAAUUCUGGGCCCCAUCUCCAGCUUCUCCCCGCUGUCGAUUCGCUCUGCGAGAUCUGAUGCUGACGAAUCUCACGCAGGGUCCCCUCCAGCCUCACUUGCAAUGUUUGUCGCGGCAGGAAACAUCAGAGCCAAUUCGCAGGUCGCCAAUUAAGCAAAUUUAACGGUUAUAACAAAGCUUGUCAGUUUUCUCCCCCUUCCUCAAAGGCGGUGUCGAGGUCGCCUUGUUUCCUCAUCCAAUUAACUCCUUAGAAAACUAGUUAUUCGUGACCCCAACAGCGUCAAAGUUACAUGCAAGGAUUGUACCGCUCGACAAACCACCGACCUCACCUGCUGUGUUUGUUCCUCCACCAAGCCUUUGACCGGUUUUGCGAAGAGUCAGAGGAAAAACCCGGACAACGCAAGGUGCAUGGAUUGCGUCAACAAGGAUCUCGAAACCGAGCCAAAUAUUGCACCCAGCUCUGAUGAGUCGGACUCCCCUUGCUUCAGUGAGCCCGACUCGGACUUUGACGUAAAGCGGGACCCCUUCCCCGUGAUUAACCCGUUACUAACAGAGCAAAGGAUUGGGAAACUCCGACACCGCCCACCAAAUUCACCUCCAAGAAGCAAAGCCCUCCUGUCGCAAAACCCGCCGCGAAUGAGAAAUCUCACCCCUCCCUCGACGACGAUUUCGCAGCUUUGGCCGUCGCAGACAAGAAGGAGAACGAGAACCAGUGGCGGGUAGCGGGGAAUUCCAAGAUUUCCAAUCCCAGCAGGAGCUCUGACUCUUCCGCUUCCACUGCGCGCCUGGGGAAAUCUGGCUGGGCCAAAGCCCCCAAAAUCCCGAAGGCCAAGGCUACUAGAUGGGGUGAGGAUGCUGAGGAGACCAACAUCCUAGACUACUCCACUACCACCCAAAGCACGACUAAAGGGUCCUUCAAUAAUAGGCUGAUUGAACUCGACGAUUAAGUCUUGGCCCUGGAAACGGCCAGCGAUUCUUGUCGUAAUUUCUUAUCCAUUCUUCUUCUUUUGCUUUUUCUCUACCCCCAUUUUUCAAUCCUGAAUCCUGUCUUGUAUCUCAUGUAUAGGGCCCAAAUGUCCCACCUUCAAUACCAUUGGAGUCAUCCGCUUAGCUAUUACUUAGUGUACCGAUUUAUGUUGUCAUUGCACUUACGGUUGCGGUGAAGGGCCGAUGUGUUUCAUGAGUUGGCCGAGAAUCCGAGAGACGGUAGUUGCGAGGAAAUCCUCAAAUAUGGUGGAGAGUUACCUCCUAUCGCUUUGUACAGUACAGGUACUUGUUGUUUUUUUUGACGGAACCAGCCAAACAUUUGCAGGGACUAAUGUGCCAACUAGCGACCUUGGAAAAACU